GCCCCUUUCACACUUCCACCUAGGGUUUUGUCUUUCCUAGAUCUCCUACCCAAACACUUCCCUUUUCUCUUCUUUUACCUUAAAAAACAAGUCUCACUAUAUUCGCCGGCGCAGCAGAGAGGAAGAGAAAAAAGACCCGAAAAUGGUUGCACCUGAAGCUCCUCUCUGCUACGUCGGCGUCUCUCGUCAAUCUGCUGCUUUUCGUCUUAUGAAGCAAAUGGGAUGGGAAGAAGGAGAAGGACUUGGGAAAGAUAAGCAAGGGAUCAAAGGUCACGUUAGAGUUAAAAACAAGCAGGAUACGACUGGUAUUGGAUUAGAUAAGCCUAAUCCGUGGGCGUUCGAUACAGCUCAGUUUGAUAGUAUUCUCAAAGGAUUGAAAGUGAAGCAAGCAGUGCAAACCACUGUUGAAGCUGAAACGAGUGAAAAUCAAGUAGAAACCAAGAGUGAUGUGCCUAAUGAUACUGCAGAACAAGCAGCUAAGACUACCCGACCCCAGGGAAGAUAUAAGAAAAGAGAGCGAGGGAAGCUUGUGCAUGCAUACUCUUCAAAGGAUCUUGAAGGAAUUCUUGCCAAAAAGGCUGAAAAGUCAUCGCCUCCAGAUCCUGUAGUCAUUGGUGAAAUGGAGAUCAUAGAGCCAACUGAAACUAAUGAUUUUUCUGCUGAAGUUAUAUUGAAGGUAGAAAGCCAGAUUUUUUCUGAUUUCCCAUCAGGAAACAAAGUUGAAAGCGUUUCUCUGGAUUGGUGGGGCUAUAAAUAUGGAUUUGUUACUGGAGGUUUUCUGGGAGAAUCUACCAGAAAGAAAUCAAAAAAAAUUGGAGAGUCUAAAAUCUCAACUGAGAGAACUGUUUUUUUUGAAGAUGAUCAAGAGAAUCUCUACAAACUUGUGCAAGAUAAAGCCACAACUGGAAAACAAGGUUUGGGCAUUAAGGAUCGACCAAAGAAAGUAGCUGGAGUUCACUUUCAGGGGAAAAAGACAUCAUUUAGGGAUAGUGAUGGUGAGGAUUCUGAUGACAUCGGUCCUCCAACAAAGCAAAUGCGGGAUAAGGCAUUAGAAACAAAGAAAGCUGACGAACCUAAACUAAAGUUGAAAAAGCUGUGUAAACGGCUUCUUUGUCAGGUACCUGGAAAUUCAUUAAAACUAAAACAACUGAAAGUUCUUAUUGAUGAGCAGUCAUCUUCAGUAUUUUCCAAUUUAUCUUCCAAGAAAGAUGCAAUUGCCUACUUGAAGCGAAAGCUUGAAGGUAGUAGCAAGUUUUCUGUGGAGGGAAAGCGAGUGAGUCUUGGAUGUAGAAACGGCUAAGAUAACUUCUGAUACGAUUGUGAUAUUCUUUUGGUGGCCACUAUAAGCUGAGACUGAAUUAUUAGUGCCUUAUUUAUAAAUUAUGAUGUCAUUUUUGUA